AAACAAAAGCGCUAAUUCAAAGUAAGCUUUGGUGGUUAUUUCGAAGAGUAAGUACUAAUGGGAGAGACCACGCAGUGUGUUGCCCUUGGAACACUAUUUCAAGAUAGACUGAAGAUGAUUUUGGAAAUAGUGGAAAAGGGUCAAAAGAGCGAAAGCAACAAACAAAUACUGAGGUCAACCCUCAAGGAUAUGACUCCUGUGGUGGAAGAGAUCAAGCAAUACAAUGAACACUUGAAUCCACCAAGAGAAGAAAUCAACAACCUUAUCAAAGAGAAAGAUGCAAAGGAAGAGUUUGUGUGCAAAAGCUCUUCCAUGAAUUGUUGUUGGGAAAAAUGUCUCUCUUGCCUUUUGUACGGAUUUGCGCACAAGAGGGAUGAUUCCUUUGCUAUUGAUGACAAGCAAGCUCUUAUGGCAAAUGAUAUUAAAGAGACACUUUGCAAGGUGAGAGAAAUUCUUGAGCUUCUUAGUAAAGAGAAUUAUCAGCAGAAACUUAGUGGUGUUGGAGCACCAAUGAAGUGUCCUUUUGGUGUUCCUGAAAAUCCAGAAUUCACUGUUGGGUUGGAUGUACCGUUAAGCAAGUUGAAGAUGGAGGUUCUCAACGAAGGUGUAUCCAUCAUUGUGUUGACUGGAGUGGGAGGAAUGGGUAAAACAACUUUGGCUACAAAGCUGUGUUGGGAUGAACAAGUCAAAGGUAAAUUUGGGGAAAAUAUUUUAUUUGUCACCUUCUCAAAAACGCCCAAGUUGAGGAUUAUUAUUCAAAGACUAUUUGAACACUGUGGAUAUCCUGUGCCUGAUUUUCAAAGUGAUGAAAAUGCAUUUAAUCAAUUGGGACUUUUGCUGAGGCAAAUUGGUGGAAGUCCAAUGUUGUUGGUCCUGGAUGAUGUUUGGCCUGGCUCAGAAACCCUUGUUGAGAAGUUUAAAGUCCAGAUACCAGAUUAUAAAGUUUUGGUGACUUCUAGGGUUGCAUUUCAUAGAUUGGGUACCCAUUGUAUCUUAAAACCACUUGUUCAUGAAGAUGCAAUGACCCUUUUCCAUCAUUAUGCUCUCUUGGAGGAAAGCAGUUCAAGUAUACCUGAUGAAGACCUUGUCCAAAAGGUUGUGAGAAACUGCAAGGGUUUACCACUUGCCAUCAAAGUGAUUGGGAGAUCACUCAGUCAUCAUCCUUCUGAGUUGUGGCAAAAGAUGGUGGAGGAAUUGUCGCAAGGUCAUUCUAUACUUGAUUCUGAUAUGGAAUUACUUACUUGCCUCCAAAGGAUCUUGGAUCUUUUGGAAGAUAAUCCCAUCAAUAUCAUCAAGGAGUGCUUCAUGGACCUUGCGUUGUUUCCUGAAGACCAAAGAAUUCCCGUUACAGCUCUCAUUGAUAUGUGGGCAGAGUUGUAUAGACUAGAUGAUGAUGGCAUAGAUGCAAUGACCAUCAUCAACAAAUUAAACUCCAUGAAUCUGGUUAAUGUCUUGGUAGCAAGGAAAAAUGCUAGUGACACAGACAAUUACUACUACAAUAACCACUUCAUCAUCCUUCACGAUCUUUUGAGAGAGCUUGCAAUUUAUCAAAAUAAUCAGGAACCAAUGGAGCAAAGAAAAAGGUUGAUUAUUGACAUAAAUGGAAACAAACGAGAGUGGUGGCUUGGGAAGAAGCAGAAAGGUGUGAUGGCCGGCAUAUUUCCAAAAUGGCUUGAAUGGUGUGUUAAACUGAAGUCCCCACAGGCCCCUGCCCACAUACUGUCUAUCUCAACUGAUGAAAAUUGCACUCCAUAUUUAUCUCAUAUGCAACCUGCUCAGACUAAGGUUCUUAUUUUGAAUCUUCAAACUAAGCAGUAUUCCUUUCCUGAGUUCAUGGAAGAAAUGAGUAAACUUAAAGUUCUGAUAAUCACAAAUUACAGUUUCCAUCCUUCUGAAAUGAACAAUUUUGAGCUACUUGGCUCUAUACGCAACCUAGAAAGAAUCAGAUUAGAGCGGAUAUCUGUUCCUUCCUUUGUCACUUUGAAGAAUCUUAAAAAGAUAUCACUCUACUUGUGUAAUCUGAGACAGGCUUUGGAAAAUGUUAAGAUGCUAAUUUCAGAAGCUUUUCCAAAUUUAGAAGAAUUGAAUAUUGACUAUUGCAAAGAUAUGGUAGAAUUGCCUAAGGGGCUGUGUGAUAUCACCCCCCUGAAGAAGCUCAGCAUUACUAAUUGCCACAAGCUUUCUGUACUGCCCCAAGAAAUUGGAAAGUUGGAGAAUCUGGAACUCCUAAGGCUCAGCUCCUGUACUGGUUUGGAAGGAAUACCAGAUUCUAUUGGAAGGCUUCCAAAUCUACGACUUAUUGAUAUCUCAAAUUGCAUAAACCUUCGUAAUUUACCUGAGAACUUUGGCAAUCUGUCUAAUCUACAAAAUCUCUACAUGACAAGUUGUACAAAGUGUGAACUACCAUUCUCAGUCGCUAGUCUUGAGAAUUUGAAAGUCGUGAUAUGUGAUGAAGAGACAGCUGCUUCAUGGGAAGCUUUCAAACCUAUGCUUCCCAAUCUAAAGAUAGAUGUUCCGGGAGUUGAUGUUAACUUGAACUGGCUUCAUACGAUUUCCUCCUAAUGCUAGGUUCAUGCAGCCUGUUGUCUUUCUGAGUAAUUGAUCAAACUAGAAAGAAAAAUUAACAGAAUACAGUUUUCACAUUGGAUUAUGCUAAAAGGAAACACCCAUAUUAGUCAAUGCUGAAGGGGGUUUGCUAUAAGGAACUCUUGAACUAAAAAUCCUUUAUGAAUAUCCAAGUCCAAAGAGAUUCUCAAUUUUUAGAUCAAAUAGGGUAUUGAUCCUGUUAUAUAUCCAUCGAUUGGCUGGAAGAAAACAGCUUGAGUGACAUCUCAACGUCUGCAGCAUCUAGUGGUAUGAAACAACUGGGUGAGGGUUCAAAGGGUUUAAGUCUUGAUUCUAGUUGCAAUGUUCUUGGUUUUUGUCUUGGAGCCUAAGACCAUUGAAUUUUAAGGACCAAGGCUUAUUUCUUGAAGACUAGAGUAUCCCUGAUGUUGCACUUGUUGAUAUGAGGGCAGAACUGUGU